AGAAGAGAUGUCAAUUUUGAACCAGAAGCAUUUAAUAGAAACAGUCCGUGUGAAAAAAUUUAUGGACAGAGAGCUAUACAUAGCUGCAAUGCAGGGGGAUGUGACACUGUUCAACAACAUUGAGAAUAAGUCCUAUUUCCUCACUCGAACACCAGAUGGAAGCAAUAUAGUUCAUAUAGCUCUCAGACCAGGGAAAGACGAUACAUCAGCAUUUGUUGAGGAUGCUUUAACCCGCUUUCCAACUCUCAUCUAUAAAACUGACACCAAUGGGGAUACACCAUUUCAUGUAGCAGCAAAGUGGCACAGCCCUGCUUCAGUAAAAUUAUUGGAAAACCUACCAAAGUAUCAUCAAAAUGCUAUAAAAGUGAACAGUCGAAGUGUUUAUAUUCCUCCAUGGAAGAUCAAAAAUUCUAAGGGUAAUAUGCCUAUACAUGAGGCAUUGUGUACCAACAAUAUGCAUGCUGCUAUAUUAUUGAUAUGUCAAGAUCCUGAAGGAGGUUCACAUGUUAAUGAUGCCGGAGAGACCCCUCUUCAUACUUUUGCUAGGUGUAGCAAUUGCUCAAUUCAGGAUAUGGUGAAUUUCACAGAAAAUUUGAUCCCGGAUAACAUUGCUAUUGUAUAUAUGCGAGACAACAAGGGUCUUACACCAUUAUUAAGGGCUGCAGAGUCUGGUAGGAUCAAGGCUGCUCAGUUUAUACUGGAACACUGUCCUCAAUCAGCAGAACUCUGCGAUCCAAGUGGCAGAACCUUUCUGCAUCUCUUACGCUUUCAUUUAGAGUUUCCUGAGUCUGCUUUAAGUGAUGCAAGUCUUUUCAAAUUUUUUAGUGACCAAGUGUUUAAUAUCCAGAAGUAGACGCCUUAAGAACAGUACAAGAUUGUGAUGGCAACACGCCUUUGCACUAUGCCUUAAAGACUGGAAACUCUAUUGCAGCAGAACUGUUAAAAUUAAGAUGUUUCAGAACAGAAGAAAGGCCGGAAUUAGCACUUAUAAACAAUGAGAAUGAGGGCCUCAUAGAGCUUCUUGCAGAAUCCUAUAAAACUUCUGAUCAGCAGCCUGGCAAGCUCCCUCGCAAGGAUGAUGAAAAGUGAAGACGGCUAUCUUGUGCUCCUAACAAACCGUGUUUCAGAAUUUCCUCGUGUCUUGGCAUCUUUGAAAUAUGCGGUUCUGUAUGUGUAUUCUGUACUAGUGUGAUUUCAUUUACUUGUUACACCUCAAUCCAUUUUCUCAACAAAGCUGUAUGAAAGAUGUCCUAUGUAUUUUUUACAAUUACCUGAUAUUCAAGCAAUUGUGUGUUUAGAUCAAUGAUGUUGUUUAUAUUUGAACAAAUGGUAUUAACAAUAGACAAUUAUAAAAUGAAUUUGGGCUUUUUCCUCAAAAACCAAAAAAAAAAAAAAAAAAAAAAAAAAAAAAAAAAAAAAAAAUAGAAUUUGGGCAUUUGGAAUGUUGAAGUAUUGGGCCACUCUCCUUACUCUGUACUGUCUGUAGGAUAAACAUAUUGAUAUGGGCAAUCCAAUACAUCUCUCCAUUUUUAAUAGAACUUUGGCAAUUUGGAAGUCAUCAAUUCAUCAAUUUUGCUUGUCAUCAAUUCAUCACUAUUAUACUUGGGUAUUCUAACUAUAUAACCCAAAGUUGGUGACCUGAAUUUGACCAAAAUUGAAAGAAAUUGCUCUAUUUUUCCAAACAAAGCAAUUUAGCAAUCAACACCAAUAAGGGCCCCAACCUGAAUUGACUCAAACCUAACGAUCAAUUUGCCUCCUUUAUAGCUCUAUCCAAAGUUGUGGACAUCCACUCGUUACAACUUGAAAUAAUUCAUAAACUUGUAAAAAAAACAAAAAUUACACACAAAAUCGAUAAAAACACUGAUAUGGUAGAUAAUUCUUUCAAAUUCUUUUGAUUAAGGUUACCUUGACACUUUUUAAUAAGCAAAAUUACAAUAUUUAAGGUUACCUUGACACUUUUUAAUAAGCAAAAUUACAAUAUAGAUACAAUUUUUUUCUAAGACAGUGAAAAAAUAAAAAUACGUACACAUAAAAAAAAA